GCACAGUUGUCUUGACAACAGCGUCAACUCGCUGCGUUAACGAUUAGAAGUGAGGCUAAAAUGCUAAGUGUAAAUUUCAUAAGGUCGAUAUGCUGAAGUUACUGUAGCUGUAGAGAUUAAAAAGCAGCAGUAGUGUGUGUAACAUACACAGAUGAUGUGAUGACUGACAGUCCUGAUAAUGCAGUACUUAUGCUAUGAAGCAGGGAAUAUAUUUAUGUCUGUUCCUGUCCUGUUUAGUUGCUGCACCAAACCAGACGGUGAUGGAUGUGCACAGGACCGAUUCUAUGACGGCAGUGUAGAAGAGCAUCAACAGCUCCUGUGGCAGACCAAACAUUAUUAAUAUGAGUGCACUCAACGAGGUCAAGGUGUUCGUCCGCAUCAGACCCACAGCCCAGUUUGCUCAUGAACUCAUCGAGUACUCACCUGAAGAACAGACGGUGAAUGUGCGGCUGAGUAAGAAAUCCAAGACAGCGGUGUUGAAUAAUCAGAUGAGCUCAUGGUGUUUCCGGCUCAGCGGAGUGCUACACAACUUAUCACAGGAUGAGGUCUAUCAACAGGUCGCACACAGUGUGGUGCUUGGAGCUCUGGAGGGUUACAAUGGAACGGUUAUGUGCUUUGGGCAGACUGGAUCUGGAAAGACCUUCACAAUGACCGGUGCCAGUGAGAGUUACAAACAACGAGGCAUCAUCCCACGUGCCAUACAGGACGUGUUCCAUGAGAUUGACACUCGUGUGGAUUACAGCUUCUCUGUGCGCCUCUCCUUUCUGGAGAUUUACAAUGAGACUUUGGUGGACCUGCUGGCCUCAGUGAAAGGGGGACAGACGAAGCAUUGUGGAACAUUGUCUGUGGUGGAAGAGCCAGAGGGUGCGGUGUCAGUAAAGGGCCUGUCCUUACAUCCAGUUCACAGCAAAGAGGAGGCACUAAACCUGCUAUUUGAGGGAGAGAUGAAUAAAAUAAUAGGAGCGCAUGCCCUCAACAAGAACUCAUCCCGGUCACAUUGUAUCUUUACUAUUCACAUUGAGUCUCGCUCUCAUACGCGGUCAAAUGCAGCGUACGUCACUUCAAAACUUAAUUUAGUGGACCUUGCGGGUUCUGAGAGGCUGAGCAAAACUGGGUCUGAGGGUCAGGUGCAGAGAGAGACCCUGUACAUAAACAGAUCUCUGUCCUUCCUCGAGCAGGCCAUCUUGGCCUUGGCUGACCGGCGCAGAGAGCAUGUGCCCUUCAGACAAAGCAAGCUAACGCAUGCUCUUAAAGACUCUCUCGGUGGAAAUUGUAACACAGUGCUGGUGGCUAAUAUCUUUGGUGAGGCAGCACAGAUUGAAGAGACGCUCUCCACUCUCCGCUUUGCAGCAAGGAUGAAGUGUGUGCGCACAGAGCCAGCUGUCAACAAGCACAUCGACCCUGCUCUGCAGGUCCAAAGACUGCAAAAAGAAAUCCAAAUUCUGAAGCAGGAGCUUUUCCUUCAUAACACACUGGCAGAUAGGGCUGGUGUGACGUAUGAGGACCUGUCGGAGGCGCAGGUAGCACUGGUUAAAAGUGAGGUUCAGAGGUACCUGGCCGGCACGCUGGAUGAGCUCAGGAUUGAGAGUGUUCAACAAAUCCAGGCAGUGUUUGCAGAGUUUAAAAAAGCUUUCCAAAAUAGGGAGCAGGAACAGCGACUUAAAGAGCAGACGAGUCAGAGACGUGUUGUGGUGGAGCAUACUCAGAGCACAUUGUCCACUUCUGAUGCUAAAGAGCCUGUAAAUGAGGUGGUAGGUCUGCCUGCAUCAUCACAUCAGCAGUCUGUGACACUUGGCAGAGGCAAGAAGGUCAAAGAGAGCAGCAGAAAAAAAGGACAUGAUGGCACAGGCCCAGGCGAACAUCUCACCAUGAUGCAGAGCGAAACAGAGAUCGUCCUUCCUCCUAGUGUAGAUGAGAGCAAGGGGAGUGCCAACGAUGAUGUAAAGAUGAGCAACACUCCUCCAUCUAAGAUGGAGGCAUUUGAGAUCUACAAGUCAGAGGGGGGCAGUGAGCUCAACCGCAUCCUGAAGGAAAACAAGUCCAUGCUGAAAGAACGUCUGACUCAAGUGAACAACCUUACAGGGAACAUCAAGUCCAUUAAAUGGGACAUCGACCACAUGAAAAUUGAACUCCAGCUGUAUAAUGAACAGAGACAGGGGAAGUCAGUGAGUGCAGAUGGAGAACCCGUGCCUGACGCGGCCGAGGUAACUCUGCUCAUGAAACUCAGAGAGGCCAAGGAUCAGUACAGGCAGCAGUAUACGGAACUGCUCAGCACCAAAGCAGAGGUGCAAUACUGCAGAUAUCUUGUGGACCAGUGCCGCAUGCGACUCUUCACUGACUUUGAGAGCUGGUACAAUGAGUCCUUCGUGCUUCCAGACGAGGUUCUAUCCAUCUUCAAAGAUGGGGGACCUAUUAGACCAGGCUUGGUUCCUUUGGACAACGAUUUGGCUUUGAGAGCACCUCAUAGUCCUGCUUCCAGGAGGAACAGCAUGGGAUUAGACACAUACAAACCCAAACCACUUGCAACUGUCACCCCAAUAAGGCGAUAGCAUUAUGACCACUAGACAUCUUUCUUUCUUCUUUGUCUUGGCAGCAAACAAUGUUUGUAAGUGUAAUUACCAGAGACAUCAAUAAAUUAUCAAGAUGGUG